AUGGCGGACAGGUGUGUGCAGCUGUGCGCUCCUCUGCUCCUCAUCCUCCUCUCCUUCUUCUUCUUCACUGGGGUUUUAACUUUCCCUCUCGGUCCUGACUCUCACCGGAGGACUACGUGUGGAUACGAGUCAUGUCACGCCACCAAACCCGACAUGCUCAACGUCCACCUGGUUCCUCACACACAUGAUGACGUGGGCUGGCUUAAGACCGUGGACCAGUACUACUAUGGAGACCGUAAUGACAUCCAACAUGCAGGGGUGCAGUACAUCCUGGACUCGGUGGUGGAUCAGCUGUUGAAGAAUCCAGACCGGAGGUUCAUCUACGUGGAGACGGCCUUUUUCUACCGCUGGUGGAAACGCCAGGACUCCAGCAUGAAGCAGACGGUCCAACAGCUGGUCAAUGAAGGUCGUCUGGAGUUUGUGAAUGGCGGCUGGUGUAUGAGUGACGAGGCCACCACCCACUACAGCGCCGUCAUUGACCAGAUGACCAUGGGCCUGAGGUUCCUCAAUGACACGUUUGGGGUUUGCGGUCGUCCACGCGUGGCCUGGCACAUCGACCCCUUCGGCCACGCCCGCGAACACGCCUCCAUGUUCGCACAGAUGGGAUACGACGGCUUCUUCUUCGGUCGUCUGGAUUAUCAGGACCGAUAUCAGAGGAUGAUGCAGAAGGAGCAGGAGCUGCUGUGGAGGGCGUCUGACAGCCUGACGCCACCGAUGGCCGACCUGUUCACCGGGAUCCUUCCAAACGGAUACAACCCUCCAGACGGAUUCUGCUGGGACCAGUCCUGCAGCGACCCACCCAUCAGAGACGACCCCGACCUGGAGGAUUAUAACGUUGAUGAUGUGGUGAAGCGUUUCCUGAAUAUUGCCAGCGCUCAGUCGAUGGUGUAUAAGACCAACCACAUCAUCAUGACCAUGGGCUCGGACUUCCAGUACGAGAACGCCAACCUGUGGUACAAGAACCUGGACAAGCUGAUCCACUAUGUCAACGCCCAGCAGGACCUGGGCAGCCGGGUCAACGUGCUGUACUCCACGCCGUCCUGUUACCUCCAAGAGCUGCACCGGGCCAACCUCACCUGGGCUCUGAAGACCGACGAUUUCUUCCCCUACGCUGACGACGCCCACGAUUUCUGGACCGGAUAUUUCAGCAGCCGCCCGGCGCUCAAACGCUACGAAAGGCUGAGCAACAGCAAUUUGCAGACGUGUAAUCAGCUGGAGGUUCUCGGUGGCCCCACCUCCACAAACGGACCCUUUGGAAAAGGCGACAGUCAGACCAUGAAGAAGGCCAUGGCGGUGGCUCAGCAUCAUGACGCGGUGUCGGGAACGGAGAAGCAACAUGUCGCUAACGAUUACGCCCGGAGGCUGGCCACCGGGUGGCAGCACUGUCAGGUUUUGGUCAGUAACGGUUUGGCUGUUCUCAGUGGUUCCACCGCUCAGCGAUUCUACUGCGACUACCUCAACAUCAGCGUGUGUCCUUUAACCGAAUCCAGCAAAAAGUUCUCAGUCAACGUGUACAACCCUCUGGGUCGACCGGUCACGUGGCCGGUCCGGCUGCCGGUCAACGGGACAGCGUACGCUGUAUCAGAUGCUGCUGGGACAUCUGUGGACUGUCAGGUUCUUCCACUUUCCAAAGACACUCAUAAUGUGAGGAGGAGUCGAGGCUUCGCCGUUAACGAGCUGGUGUUUGAGGUCCAGGCUCCGCCCCUGGGCUUCAGCACCUACUCCGUGUCCCUGCUUCAGGACGGGCCUCUGGCGGCGUCCACACAGCCCCGCACACCCACCGCCAUCCAAAACAAGUUCUUAAAGGUGACCUUUGACCCUGACACCGGCCUUUUGAGCAGCUUCAGCAACCUGGAAACCACACAGACCAUCAAACUGACCCAGAACUUCUACUGGUACAAUGCCAGUGAUGGUAAUAACUCAGAGAGUAUCCAGCCUUCAGGUGCCUACAUCUUCAGACCAAACUCGUCCACUCCGUUCCUCAUCAGCUCCACCGCCAAGACGGAGUUUAUUCAGACGUCGGUGGUCCAGGAGGUGAGGCAGUGGUUCAGUCCAUGGGUGUCUCAGGUGGUUCGACUGUACGCCCACAGCAGAACUCUGGAACUGGAGUGGACGGUCGGACCGCUGCCCAUACACGACGACCUGGGAAAGGAGGUGAUCACUCGUAUCGACACCAGCAUCGAAUCCUCUGAAAUCUUCUACACCGACUCCAACGGCCGAGAGGUGCUGCAGAGGAAGAAAGACUUCAGACCCACUUGGCACUUGAAGCAGUCAGAACCCAUCGCUGGAAACUAUUAUCCGAUCAACUCCAGAGCGUACAUCAAGGACGAUGUCGACCAGCUCACCGUGGUAACCGAUCGCUCUCAGGGAGGAAGCAGCAUCCACAACGGUUCCCUGGAGAUCAUGCUGCACCGCCGCCUGCUGUACGAUGACGUCCGCGGCGUGGCCGAACCCCUCAACGAGACCUCCGCCAUCUUCCCCGAAGGCCUGGUGGUCCGUGGUCGCCUUCUGCUGUCCCUGGACCGCCCGGCCAGCGCCGCCGACAAACACCGCCCCCUGGCCCAGGAGAUGGUACUGCAGCCGCUACUGACGUUCACCGACGGAGACCUGCACCCCGACGCCAAACUGGAGUUCUCUGGUCUGCAGGCUGCGCUGCCCCCUGCUGUCCACCUGCUCACAUUGACCCAGUGGGACGCCCAGUCGGUUCUGCUGAGGCUGGAGCAUCAGUUCCAGAGCUGGGAGAGUGACGUCAACUCCAAACCUGUCACUGUCAACCUGCAGAAGCUGUUUUCUUCUUUGGAAGUUCUGGGCGUGUCUGAGUUGAACCUGUCGGCCAAUCAGUGGAAAGACGAGAUGAAGCGAUUUGAGUGGACGCCACAGAACGAGGUGAAACCACAGCUGAAGGCGUCUGGAGGCCGGUCCGUUUGGGAGGUGACGCUGAAGCCCAUGGAGAUCCGAACCUUCCUGCUCCGGGUCCGCCUCUGAUAGCCAAUCAGAGCACGGCGCUGACUCUUCCAGACGACGCUUCAGAUGCGAUUAAACGGGCUCCUGUUUGUGUUUGUGACCAGAGGAAAGCCCUGCCCACCCCCUGAACUCAGAGCAGCCCUGGGUCACAUCCUGCUGGUUCCACUUUUUAGGCCGUUCAGCUGGAUCCACAGACGCUUUUGGAAACUCAGGUGUGAUUUGAAUGUUUACUCCUUAUUCCCACUUCCACUGCUGGUGUUCAUUUGUCUGAAUAUCUGAUUUUUCUUGGACAAACUGCCUUUUUUACACCAGACGAAUCAAAAAACAAUACUACAUGUGCCAAUAACUGACGGUAAAAUUCCAAACAGUCAAAAAAAACUGACUGUAAAAGUAAAAAACGUGACUUUCAGCCUCCAUCCACUUAAAUGAGCUGCACAGUGGUGCCCAUUGUCUGAUAUGUGCAAUAAGUGUAACCUUUGUAUUUCUGACAAUACAUGUAAAUAUGGUCAUUUUCUACUGAUCAAUAAUAAAAUCUGACACUUA